AUGGCGGUGACGGAUCUCCUGGUUAUUAUCACGGCAGUGUUACUAAAUCGGGUUCCUGGCAUUUAUUUCCCAGGUAGUUUCUUGUCCAUUACUCCCGUCUGUAGCCUCAGCAUUACACUCAUCUAUGCGGCCAGAGAUUGUUCAGUCUGGUUAACCGUCUCUUUCACCUUUGAUCGGUUUGUGGCCAUUUGCUGCCAGGAACUGAAAACGAAAUACAGCACCGAAAGGACGGCUGCCGUGGUCAUCGGAACAGUUUGUGUCUUGGGCUGUCUCGUCAACAUUCCCUGGUACUUCUUACAUGAGCCGACCUACAUCAUUGACAACGUCCCUUGGAAUUGCAAACUGAAGGAUCUGCGAUAUUCCUCUCCAACGUGGGCAGCUUUUCAGUGGAUCGACCGCAUCUUAACCCCUUGCCUCCCGUUCUUCCUCGUGCUUUUUCUCAACGCUUUGACCGUCAGAUAUAUUCUCGCGGCCAGUCGAGCCCGAAAGAGGCUCCGGGUGCAGAGUGACGGACAGAAAAAGAACGAUCUGGAGAUGGAGAGUAGGAGGAAGUCCAUAGUGUUGCUCUUCACCAUUUCCGGUUGCUUCAUCCUGCUGUGGAUGGCUUAUGUUGUCCAAUUCUUCAUUGAACGCUUUCAAAUGAAUUAUACAAUCAAAGGCUUCAGCGACCCUAAAUUUAUUUUUCCGGAGGCUGCUAAUAUGCUUCAAAUGUUAAGUUGCUGUACAAACACCUUUAUUUAUGCAGUAACUCAGAGGAAAUUCAGGGAGCAGGUAAUGGCAGUUGUAAAAUAUCCAUGCAUUCGGUUAAGUAAACUAUUUCAAUAA